AUGCUAUACACACUUGCAUGGGAAAAAUAUUCUGUUUUCUCCCACAACAAACGUCAGGAGGAGUUGGAGAAAUUCAAGGCACCAGGAUUAGUUACUCAGAAGAAGGCAUACUUUAAGGAAUACUAUAAAAAAAUUAGAGAUGGGAAGGAGAGUACUGCACAAGAAGAAAAUGGUGUUGAUGCUGAAGCAUCGGAAGAGGAAAGUAAACCUAGAAAUAUUAGUCAGGAAGCAAAUGGUGCUGAUAUUCACAGAUCAAAAGAGGAAAAUAAGCCUAGCAAUGCCUAUAAAAUUCAGAUUUUAGAUAAUCAUACUACUGCUAAUAACCCAUCCACAAGAGGCAUUAAUGGCGGAGCAGAAGAAGAAAGUUUCUUUAAAAGGAACAGUGGUAGAGCUAGCAAAGAAGAUGGAAUGGGGAAAUGGGGCCCUGUCAGCAAUGAAGUCAAGCGUAGUGGAAGCCAACUGGUGAAGCAAGCAUUUACUAUGAGGGAAAAGUUAGACUGCAGAAUGAGCAAAGAUGUGGUUAAGCCUUCUGAGAAGCCAAAGUCGUCAGUUUGUAGGGAAAUUACGAGCAAGGCAGAUGUUAGUCUUGUUUCAGGCAAAAGAACUACCUCUAAGACCGUAAGCAAAAUAAAAUCUGAACAGGUUCAAUCACAUAGUCAACAUAGGGAUGUACAAUCCAGUUCCAUGGUUUGUCGUGGUUCAUUAAAAGAGGAAAAGAUGGUCUCACUUUCUUCAAAUAUUAGAGAUGGUCCACUUAAAACACAUUCAACUCCCAAAAGCUUGGCAGACAGGCUCCCAGCAACAUCAUCAGUUCUUACUCGAUCUGGUCAGAGAAGUUCAAAAGAGAUGACCACCAUUAGUCGUUUCAGAAAAAUCAGUGUAGAUAACAGGAGCUGUGAUGGAUUCGGUCAGAGGUCUUUAGGGUUGAGUGGCCACCAUAGUCUUCCAAAGAAUAGAGAAUCUGAGAACCAGAGACCAAAAGUCAUGUAA